AUGCCGGUUUAUUUGCAUCCCAAGGCUCCUGAGGCCGGUCAGACCCAGUUCCGUGUGGCAGAUUUUCAUCAAAGCCGUGACCAGCCGUAUGGGUCAGUCGAAGGCGCUGUUGUCACCACCCAGUUACCUCCUGGAGUCCCACUCCCACCCGUCCAGCACCUCCCUGCGGAGCUCGAGUGUCCCAUCCGCUUCGAGGUGAAGAAGCUCCAUAAACCAUCCGAUUGGACUAAACAACUUUGUGCAAACCUGGUUCGAGAACACAAGCUAUCGGAGCCGAAAGUCAAGGUCAAGAAGACCAAGCCCUCGGCCACUUCUGAGGGACCAUCCGGGAGCCAGGACGAGCAGGAUUACCUCCAGCUUUGGCGAAUGAUCGACACUUGCCGGCUUGAGACCGAGCAAACGCCCCGGCGGGAGCCAUGUCGGUUCUAUGGCCAGGUCUGUGGCAGCUGGAAGAAGUUGACGGUCCACUUUGGGAAAAAUAUGGAGCAACUGGCCCUGCCGGUCCUGGAGCUGGCGAAACAGAGCGUUGCCUCGUCUGGUAUGCACGUCAACCCUGUGGAUCCUGCCAGCGGAUCAUCCGCCGAGUCGCAUCCCUCGCUCGCCACGCCAUAUCAACAAGAUGCCCCCGAGGUGUCUCCGCAGCUCGCGCAGCCGCCGUACCCGAACUCCGACACUCCCGUUGCCCACCCCUUUGCUUUCGAUAUGGCGCUGAUCAGCGACCCAUCGAUCUCCAGCGCCGAGUUCUCGAUGGAGCUGGAGUCUAUCACCGGCUCCUUCACUUCCGACGAUCCAUUUGCCUAUGGCGUGAACCAGUUCGGCCAAUCGCUCGACCUGGACCAAGUCCAGAUCCACCCCCUGCAUCAGAACUCGGUGACGUACCCACUGUUCAACGCGAUGCCGUGGCUUCAAAUCCCUGAAACGGACGUGGCCAUGCUGCAGCAAUCGUACGUGGUGGAAGCCCAGUUCCCACCUCAGGAGGCUUUAUAUCCCACAGAGAAUGGUUAUGUCCCUAAUCCCUCUGCGGUGCCGGAGGUUCCCUACACCUGGACAUCCUAUACCCCUGGAUAUGGGCGCAUUGCGGGAAUUUGGUCUCAGACGGAUGGCGCAUUGUACUAA